AAUCAAAAAAAGCAGAGCCCACCACCAACUCAAACCCAAAACCCACUGCCUAAUCUUGGAAUUGUUGAGAUUCCCUUUCUUUUCUUCCAUAACUAAAAAGUCCCUUUUCUCAAUCUCAGGGAACCCAUCAUUCAUUCCUUCAUGGCUAUGGCUUUGCCUUUGCCUUGAAGGAAUUCUUUCCCCUUCCAAAAAUCCAUUAUGGUGCAAAGAAAGCUUCCGACCAAGCUCGAUCAUAUAAUGGUGAACAGCAAGCCAUUGUUAGCCAGCCUUAAACAAUCUUCUUUGCUGCCGCAGCACCAGGAUGCGAAGAAGAAGAAGAUGAAGAAAUCAGGUAAAACAACAACGUUCGAGAACUUUCGGUCACCGCCGGCGAGAACGCCGCCGCCGCAGAAGCAGCAGCGGUCUUCUCCGGUCAGAGCUUCCCCGAGCUCGACGCCGAACUACAUGAAGUCAACCAGCAGCUCUGAUGCCCGGAAAGAGCGGUCUCCUCAUAAGAGUUCAAGCGGGGCAAAGUCCGGACAGAAUCCGGCUAAGGCUUCGACUAGGACGACGAGUUUGAGGGCGUUGACGAAAGCUCCGAGCUUUAAACCUGCGAGAGCGAAGAAAUGUUCGCAGGUUGUUAUGUGCGAGGAUUUAGAGGUGCAGAGAGCUACGUGUUCUUCAACGUUGAAAGAUUCCAAGUUUCCUUGUUACCUGGAACUUAGUCCCGGCGGCACGGAAUCUCAGGGGACUUCUGCCAUGAAGGUUUGCCCUUACACUUACUGCUCUCUCAACGGCCAUCACCGCCUUCCAUUGCCGCCGUUGAAGUGCUUCGUGUCGGCGCGGCGGCGGGCGCUGAAAGGGCAGAGGAGCUUCAAGAUUGGGUGCCUUUCUCCCCGCCGAUCAAAGCCCUCCGCCGGAGAAGAAGAGAAUAUGGAAUUUUCCGUUGAAAUCUUCUGCAAAGAAAGGGCAGAUGAAGAUGAUGAGAUCCAGGAGAACAGAGAUUUGGUUCCUGCAAGUGCAGAAGAAGCAGAGGAAUUAAGGCAUGAAUGCUUGAGUGAAGAAGAUCAUGGUUCUUUAGGAAACCAAUCAGAUUCUGAAGAUUCAGAUAUGGAGGGGAUGGAAGACUCUGCUCUGUUUAUUGAUGCUGGGGUUUCUGAAGAAACUGAUCUUGAUAAAAAUGGCUGUCAUGUUAUCAUCCAAAAUGAAUCCACUUUAAAGACUGACAAUAACAACGAAGAAGAAGAAGAAGAAACAGGCUGCAUUAUUGAUGAAAAUAUACUGCAAAAAUCCCUUGAUGAAGAAGAAGAAGAAAAAACAGGGUUCAUCAUUGAUGAAAUUUCUGAUGAAAAAUCCUUUGAUGAAGAAAGUAUGUCCUCUGGAGCAUGGUUAAGUGAUGAUGAUGAUGAUGACACCCAGUCCUCCAUUUCAUGCUUAGAAUCAUCCAGUUCCUGUGUAUAUGUUGAAGAAACCACUCAAGUUUCUGAUGAGGAAAUCUGCAGAGAAAACAUGAUUCCCCCAGAAGAUCAAGAAUCCAAUGAUUCAAAUGAUUCUAUCUGCAGUGAUUGUGUUGAAGAAAUUCACAAUGUGGAUGAGCAAUUGAUGGUUGAAGUGAGGAAGACACAGAAAAUGGCAUCUGAAAACCAGACUUUAGAUCUUGAGCUGCCAAAUCUGAGAGGAACAGCCAAGAACAGAAGGGAGACCGAAGAGGAAUUGGGAGAAUUCAAUCCACGAGGCCCGAAUUUUCUGCCACUAGAGCCUGAUCCCGAAGCAGAACGAGUUAGUCUCAAGCAUCAAUCGAUGGACGAACGAAAGAAUGGAGAGGAAUGGAUGGUGGACUAUGCACUCAGACAAGCAGUGAGUAAGCUCGCUCCUGCUCGACGAAAGAAGGUGGCAUUGCUAGUUGAAGCUUUCGAAACCGUUUCCCCAAUCCCCAAAUUUGAAUCUCACCUUAGCCAUACAACAAAACUGUUCCCCCCACCCUCAAGAUCCAUCCAAGCUUGCAGCUGACACCACUCACAGACAAAGAUUCUUGGUUCCAUGAAUCUGGUGUCAAAGAGAGGGAAUCCUUGUCUGCAGUGAUGAAAGAUGAAGAAAAUGUUGGGUUGAUGGAAACCAGAUGAAAGUUUGCUGCUUGGGGAGGGAUAUCUACAUACAGCUCUACAAAGCACUCAGAUUCUAUAAUAUAUAUAUAUAUAUAUGUAAUAACUGAAAGCAACUGACUGUGUUCUAAACUUGUUCCAGUGGAUGAUGAUAGCUCAUCCAUCCUUUCCUGCUGUAGAGGGUAACCAUUCCCUCAAUCUGUUGUGUAAUUUUAGCUUGUGUUUUGUGUGGUGUGUUUAUAAGUUCUUAACCUUGUGAUUUUUUUUUUCUUCACUCUAA